GUUGUUUUAUGGCAUGGUAUGGGAGAUGACUGCUGCAACGAAGAGUCUAUGGGUAGGGUCAAAACACUUGUCAGCAAUUCUCUGCCAGGCGUAUUUGUGCAUAGUGUUCAAGUGGGAGAUACUCCGAAAGAAGACCACAACGCCGGAUUUUUUGGUGUUUUAAAAGAUCAAGUGGAUCAUGUAUGCCGCCAAUUGAAAGAUAUCCCAGAGCUGUCUAAUGGAUUUAACGCUAUUGGUUUCUCUCAGGGAGGCCUGUUCUUAAGAGCCUAUGUAGAACACUGCAAUAGACCAUCGGUACAUCGAUUGAUCACAUUUGGCUCUCCACACGGAGGUGUCUCGGAUAUUCCAAACUGUACAGAUCCUCGCGACUUUUCCUGUGCGUUGAUGCGGUCUAUUGUUCGCCGAGGUGUUUAUACUGACUAUGUUCAACACCGAAUUAUCCAAGCACAAUAUUACAAAAACCCAAAAGAUCUUAAAGGUUAUCUGAAGAAAAACAUCUUUUUACCUGAUUUGAACAAUGAACUUGGUACCCAGAACUCGACCUACCGAGACCACCUGUCCAGUCUAGACAUGUUUGUCAUGAUUCGCUUUGAAGAAGAUGCUAUGAUAAAACCUGCAGAGACUGCGUGGUUUUGGACACAGGACUCAAAAGGGGCCCUCGUUCGGUUGGAAGAUCAGUUGCUUUACCGACAGGAUUGGCUAGGACUUCAGAGGCUUGGCAACGAAGGGCGACUUGUGUUUCUUGUGUGUCCAGGACAACAUAUGAAAAUCACAGAUGCCUAUUUUGAGGAAAAAGUGAUAAGGCCCUAUCUUGCUGAAGAACCGCUGCGGCUGCUGGACCAGCACUAG